CUAAAGAUUAGGUUUAGUGGACCAGAUAUUUGUGGUGGAAAAAAAAUCCAUCCCCGAGAGUGAAAAAAUGGAAAUAAGUUGAAUUGGCUAAUCGAGUGUCGCAAAAGAGAAACGGAUCACGCAGUAGAUAUCGUGAGAGAGACGAUGAUGAUUGGUACCUCAAAUUCCAUUACACUCCGAGGACUAGCUUCAUUCACUACUCCUCCAAACUUGUACACAUCAAAUUCAGUAUCAAGAGUAGCCACUUUUUCUCCGUCACCAUCGAUAAGAGCAACAUCACGUAUUCUCCAUACGCCAAUUUCAGCUGUUGGUUCAAAUUCAGGUUUAGAAGCAUCCGUUACAAAUUCAAAUGAUAUCUCAGUCUUGUUAACAGAUGCCACUGUAGUUUUACAAGAACAAGGUGACGAUGAAAAUAAAAUACAACUAAGAGUGGAGUUGAAUGGUGUUCAAACACGCAAGGUGUUUGACCGGAUUCUCGUAAACUUAGGCCAGAAUGUACCACCAACUCCUGGAUUUCGCACGCGAAAAGGAGGGAAAACGGCAGAGAUCCCGAAAAGCUUCCUUUUACAGGUGCUUGGGGAAGAAAGUGUCACUAAGUUUGCAAUACAAGAAAUUCUCAACUGUACCAUGGCUGAAUAUGUGAAAAAGGAAAACUUGGAUGCAGAGGACAAGAAGGUUAGAACUAUUCAAACGGUCCAAGAACUCAGAAAAUCAUUCACAGCAGGAAAACAAUUUGGCUUCGAUGUUAUAAUUGAGCCUAAAAACAAUGAAGGUAACCAGAUCGAUGGUUAACAGGGCAACAAGAUUUGUCUCACACAAUGAUAUGCAGCUUAAAGAGUUAUUUUAUUAGUCAGUUUGAUGAGCUCGUUAAAAUAAAGAUGGAAUAUUCCUACAUGGAACUUAGAGGAAAAUGCGUAAGAAACUCAUCAUUAGAUUAUUCAUCCCGAUUUUGCUGUUAUACAAAACUACACAGAGUGAUAUAUUGCAGACUUUGAAUA